AUGUGCUUAGUGAACUGUAUAGGUAAUAUUACAGGCCGUGUGCCAAAAGUGAAACGUCUGGGUGUUCCAUGGACGACCACACUUUCACCUGAGCGGAAACUCGCCAUUUUUCUUUCUAUCGCUUCCAAAGCUCUUUUCGUUCCCUCCCCCUCACUUCCGGUGUUGAUAAUUUCCUUCCUCUUCCGCCAAGAAAAUCUUAAUAUCCAAGCUUCAUAUUUCAUCAUUUCCCACAUAGGUCACUUCUUUCUUUUCCAUAUACGCUUUCCUUUGUUAUCUUUCCUUUUACUUUCUUUUCUUCUUUCUUUUUUAAUAUCUCCAUAUUCUUUCUUUCUUUUUUUCUUUCUUUCUUUCCUUCUUUCUUUCUUUCUUAAUAUUUCCCUUUUCUUUCUUUCUUUCUUUCUUAAUAUUUCCCUUUUCUUUCUUUCUUUCUUAAUAUUUCCUUUUCUUUCUUUCUUUCUUUCUUUCUUAAUAUUUCCCUUCUCUUUCUUUCUUUCUUUCUUUCUUUCUUAA